AUGAAAGCAUACGACAGCAUCCUCCACAGCGCCGUCAUCGCAACUCUGCAAGAGUCUGGUGCAGGCGCCCGAGUCGUCUCCUGGGUCCGGGACCUCCUAUCUGAUCGCACCAUUUUCGUGCGCACUGCUCACGGCGACACAGCUCCCUUCCCUACAAAGCUCUCAUGGUUCCAACACAUCAAGGCCCUCUCUACCAAGACGAAGCAAUUCGUGAACGUGCUACGACGCAUCUCUGGAGCGUCGUGGGGUCCCUCGUGCAACUACCUCCGCCACGUCUAUAACACAGUUGUGCUGGGGCUGCUACGGUACCACCUCCCAGCGCUCCACGGAAUCAGUAGAACGGGUGAGCGGGACCUCCUCAGCGGCCAGGUGCGCAGCCUCCGUGUAUGCCUCGGACUGCCAAGUACGGCUGAAACGUACACGGUGCUUGCGGAGGUGCGAGAGACGCCCGUGCAUAUCCUGCGGGACAGAGAGACACACCGCAUCUUUGCGCGCUUCUUCGCGCAGCCUCGCCACUACCUGUUGUCCAUUGAGGAUGCCCGCACCGCAUCGACCUUUGGCGGCGCCAUCCGCAGGCUCAAGGCUAUCCUCCCGGAUCGCUCCUCAGGUGUAUCCUAUGACCCUCCUUUAUGGGCCCUCGCCAAGCCCCAGGUAUUGACGAGCGUCCCUGGCCUAGGACGAAAGAGGGAGACGCCGUUAGCCGUUGCGCGCCAGCUCGUCCUCGAACACUUAUCGGAGCAGCAUCAACAGCGACAAGCGAUCUAUACAGACGGAUCGGUUACACUUGAUGGGGCCACUGCAGCCAUCUACGUCCCGCACGGUAAUAUCGAGCAAGCUUUCGGGCUCUCCCAUACCACCUCCUCCACCGAAGCCGAGCUCUUCGCAAUCCACGCGGCCCUCAGGCACAUCACAACAUCGCCCCCAGGAACCUUGACGAUCCUGUCCUACAGCAAGGCGGCACUGGAGACACUCGACUCACACUGCACCUAA